UGAAUCAUUAAUGACCGUACAACAGUUCCAAGUUUUUGUUUUUAACUGUUACUAUUUAUUAUCCCAGCUAUAGGGUUAAUAACACCAGCGUCUCGGCGGAGAUAUUACCAAGAAAUGAUUUAAUUUUAAAGUUGUGAAAUGGCAGGCCAGAUCGAUAACUUGAUUAGCGUUUGUAGUUUUCAUUCCGAGGAAGAAUUAGAUCACUACUGUCUAACCUGUGAUAGAAGCCUGUGUGAAGAAUGUAUCAAAGUGGAUCAUCGCGAUCAUGACUGGUGCAAACUCAAAAAGGUCGCUCAGAACUUCAGGGGGACGGCGAGUGAUAAAAUUACCGAACUAAUCAAUCAAGAGGUCCCCCGAAUAGAACACAACGUGAAAGCAUUAGCAGAAGUUGAGGAAAAGAAUAGAGAGGCUAAAGCAGGGAAAAUCAACCGAAUUAAACAUCGGGAACACGAAUUAAUAUCUGCGGUCAAGGUCAUUUCUGAAAGUCUUAUCAAGGACAUUUCUGAAAGCAAGUUCGAUGAAAGUGCGCAGCAUGUCAGAUCUCAAGAAGACGAAAACAUCGCCAUAUUAAAAAACUUGGUGAGUUAUUUUAAUGAAAAUAAACAAAGUACAGAUGACGCAACAAUUCUCAAACUGCACGAGAAAAUACGGAUCCUGAUAAGCAGAAUUAGAAUUCAUGACCCUAAGAGAACAGAGGACCACGUAGAAUUUGACGAAGGUCAGCUUGAUAUCCACUCAUUGAAACGAAUGUUUGGCCACGUCAUCAGGGAAAAUUCCGAACGUUUGGGAGUGGACAUUCAAGGAACGCCACUGACAGAACUUUUUAAUUUUCAAGUGACGGCUAACCCAAUUAUAACUCUUUCUGAAAAAUCGCCGGAGCAAGUAUGGGUGUGCGGGCGGAAUGACAAGGAGAUCAAAUUAUACAACACAGAUGGCAGUAUUGUCCGGAAGUUUGAUAUCGGUGAUGGAGUCAUCGGAGGAUUCGUCCGUUUGGACAACGGGGACCUCAUAAUAGCAGAUAGUGUUAACAGAGUGUUAAACCGAUGGUCCAUUAAAGAUGGCGAUAUUAAAACUUUAACGAAUUUGUCACCAUUCGAACCCCUCGGGGUGGCACUCUCACUGCGAAAGGAAUUGCUCAUUGGAAUGAGGGAUCGAUUUAAUACACGUCGGAUUAUCCAGAAAAUGACGACCAGUGGCCGGGUUUUGCACACCUUUGAGUACGAAGAGGGACAUCGAGAGUGGAUCAAAUAUUAUUUGUUUAAUUCACCUGACAGGAUUGCUGAGAGUUAUAACAGAGAUCUGUGCGUGGUGGACACGAUGAGUAGAAACACCGGUCGUCUGCUCAUAUUGUCAGAGGCGGGAAAACUUCGCGCCAUCUAUGAAGGUCAAAACUUGGGUCGAAUGUUCAAGCCCUCUGACGUUUGUUGCACGAGGGGCUGCGAGAUCAUUCUGGGUGACCCUCGCAACAACGCCGUCCAUGUUCUAGACAAGAUCGGGAAAUUCCAGAGGUUUCUGCUAACUAACUGCUCGUAUCCAUCUGCACUGAGACUGACCCAAAACCGAAUUUUAAUAGGGUCUGAGAAUGGAAGCGUGCAUGUUUUCGAAUACGAGGAUAGCAAUCAAUCAAAUGACUUCUAAAUGCCUGCACAUCAUUUCUGGCCAAUUCUCAGAGGGACAAUGCGUAUGAAGGGUGUCGGAAUAAUCACAAAGAUCUUUUUUAUCCAGCAAAAAUUUACAUUUAAAUGCUUGGCUUGAUUGAAAAUGGAUCGACACAUGCCAUUGUUUCUUAUAUUUGGAAUAAUAAUUCAAUAUUUCUGGAACCUACAUAUCAUAGAAAAGGCAGUGCACUACUUCUUUUUUCAUAAUACACCAUUGUCCAUAUAAAGCUGCACAUUUAUACCAGUAUUCUUCCUUGCAAAAAUAUGAAAUAAAACGACAUGUAAUAAACACAGUAUAAUCAUGUGUUUAGUUGUUUUACCCUAAUAUAGUACUGUGUACACUUUUUGAAAUGAUAAGGGUGGUAAGAUGGAUCAUUAGUUUCAGUCAAAUAUGAAUUAGAUUUUUAGUUUGUUUUUCAAUAGUCAAAGAAAAUGAUCGAUUACCAAGUACAUAUUUUCCUAAUAGUGUUAAUUUUUUUUAUGACAUACAUUAAUGUUAUUUCUGGAGGAUCCACGUGUACC